GAUCUACACUGUUGACAUUGCCCUCUCAUGGUGACGUUUCAUUUUUAAAGCGCGUGUGAUUUCACACUAAAACCAUUAGAUGGCGAUAUACCCCGCUCCUCCAGUGUUGGUCAGUUUCAGAGGAGGAGGAGGUGGCCUUCCUCCUCGAAGAUCCCCAAACAAUCUGGUGUCUUUGUGUUGCGCAUAGUCGCGCUCCUCUUUGUUUUUUUUCAAAAUAAGGGGAGACUUUCAUGAGAACUCUUUAAGAUCUUUUUUUUUUUUUUUUGAGCUUCAGGCAGUGACUUCAUUGGCUGCUUAACUACUCGUGGACUCGCUUCUGCUCCCGGACUCUUCUAAAGGGAGCCUCUUAGCUGGAUUUGGAUCAUAUUAUCUACCUUUGUGGACUGGAUGAGCCAUGAGGCUGCUGCUGCCUCCUGCCUGCCUGCGCGCAACAGUGGAAUUUUAGGAUGACGAGUUCUCUGCAAAAGUCACUUUACUUUAGUGCACAAACGCAGUCAUAUUUAACUCUCCAGAAAUGAGCGCGCGUCCCCAAAGUUUGUGAACACAUGUGAGAGGAGCGCAUUAGACAACAUCUGAGGUAUUGGAGGAAGGUUUUGGUUUCUGGAUCACACUGAUCUCCAUCCCCUCUGUGCGUCAUUGCGCCCAUCAGACUCUUGAGGAGAAGGAUGGCAUCCCAACAGCUGUGGACGCGGAUUAUCUUCACAUCUGUAUACUUUUUUGUGAUGAGCAACGCAAUGCCAGAUGUUCCUGGGGAGGAAGGCUUCAGUGCUGAGGCAUGGCUCCGUCACUUUGGCUACCUGUCUCAGGUGAGCAGACAGAUGUCCACCAUGCAGUCGGCUCAGAUCCUGUCCAAAGCCAUCAGCGACAUGCAGCGCUUCUAUGGGCUGGAGGUGACUGGGGUGCUGGACACGGCAACCAUCAAAGCAAUGCGGCAGCCUCGCUGCGGCCUCCCCGACAUAGAACCUGAGGAGCCUGAGGACAGAGCCAGGAAGAAACGCUACGCUCUCACGGGGCAGCAGUGGGACAAAGAUCACAUCACCUACAGCAUCAUGAACCAGAACAUUCCCUCCUCGCUGGGAGAGGAGAGGACCUCCGGCGCGAUCCGCCGGGCCUUCGACAUCUGGAGACGGGUCACGCCUCUUACCUUUCAGGAGCUCCCAGCUGUGAAUAACAUCAACAGCAGCCAGGCGGAGCUCAGCGACAUCCUGUUGUUGUUUGCCUCUGGUUUCCAUGGUGAUAUGUCAUUGUUUGAUGGUGAGGGCGGGUCACUGGCCCAUGCGUACUAUCCAGGACCAGGGAUAGGAGGGGACACACAUUUCGACUCAGACGAGCCGUGGACACUGGACAGUGAGAACCCAGAGGGAAUAGACCUCUUCCUGGUCGCAGUUCACGAGCUCGGUCAUGCUUUGGGUCUACAACACUCUGAAAACCCCAACGCCAUGAUGGCUCCUUUUUACCAGUGGAUUCACCCACAAAACUUCACACUGCACGAGGAUGACAUCAAAGGAAUACAGUACAUAUACGGUCCUCCUCUUAUCACAGAUGCCCCGCCCAUUUCUCCAGACACUGACGACGGUCCCAUCGAUGACUUCACCCCUUCACCGGCCCUUCCGCCUAAAUUUCAACCCACUUCCCCCUCCCACUCCACCUCACCUCCUGAGAAGACCACCGAGGGCAACCUGGACCCCCCUGCCCAACCUAAGCCGAGCCCCACCUUAACUCCCACCUUGCCAACGCCCAACCCCACCGACUUCCAACCCAAGCCGGAACCUGUCACCCCACCCAUAAGAAAAGAGACCUCGCCUCCACCCAGGCAUCCGAAGCGGCCAGACAACCAACCCCCCGACAUCUGUGAUGGGAACUUUGACACGGUCACCGUGCUGAGGGGGGAGAUGUUCGUUUUUAAGGGACGCUGGUUCUGGCGAGUGCGGAGGAAACGGGUACUGGAUAACUAUCCCAUGCCAAUAUCUGUCUUCUGGAUUGGUCUCCCCAGCGACAUCGAUGCAGCCUACGAACGCCGUGAUGGCAAAUUUGUCUUCUUUAAAGAUGAUCAAUAUUGGGUGUUCAGAGAGGCGGACGUGCUUCCAGGGUACCCACAGCCUCUGUAUGAAUACGGGCGAGGACUUCCCAUGCACAAAAUCGACACAGCCCUCUGGUGGGAGCCCAGUGGAAACACCUAUUUCUUUACAGGAGACAGAUAUUGGUGUUUCAGCGAGGACACCCGGACGACGGACAGAGAGUCUCCCAAGCCGAUCAGCACCUGGGGCAGGAUCCCUCACUCCCCCAAAGGAGCCUUCCUCAGUGAGGAUGGUGCGUACACAUAUUUCUACAAAGGCAGCAGUUACUGGAGGUUUGACAAUAAACGAUCAGAAGCAGACAAAGGCUAUCCCCGCUCCAUCCUGAAGGACUUCAUGGGGUGUGUGGGGAUCCCCGAUCCGAAGCCUGACCCCGAGCUGGAGCUGGACCGCGAGGAGAAACCGGUCCGUCCCGCAGAUCGAGGCAAAGACGAGCACAAAGAGCCAGAAGACGACAAAAGCAGCAAGUCUGAUGAUGCAGAGGACGGUGAAGACAAAGAGAAGAACUUGGUCAUACCGGUGGCGAACAACGAAUCUAAAGUCAUGACUCUCAUCAUGGUGACGGUUCCUCUGGUGCUCAUCUUGUGCAUCCUAAUCCUAAUCUUUGCAAUCCUCAGGACGCUGCAGAACAAAGAGCCACCCAGGGCUUUGGUGCACUGCAAGCGUUCACUGCAGGACUGGGUUUGAUGCCCGCCGUCAUCACGUGCUUGGUGUCAUCCAAUGGCUUGAAAAGUUUUCCUUUUCACUGGGUUAUCUGCAGAGCGGAUGUUUCCUGCUCAUGAAAACAAUCAAAGAAGUGAAGCCAGCACCUCUGGAAAAACAAAUCUCUCCUUCUGCCCUUGAAUGUAGCUUUGCCAGAAGUUUUGCUUUGUGCCUUAAAGAAGUCAAAUUAUUUUUUUGCACAAUAAUAUAUAUAUAGAUAUGUGCGUAUUUUUACCACUAUGAGUUUACAAAAGAUCUAAUCGUAGACAGAGGAGGUACAUUUGAUUUGUUUGUAGCAUAAAUGAAGUCAAAAGAGCACAUACUUUACAUCCCACAGAAGCACAGAGACAUGAGUGCCUCACACCUUCAAACACUAGUGUUAACAUAAAUUUAUCUUUCACAUAUAUUUGAUUUAGGUGCCUCUGUCAAUCAAAAUGUGUUUUUUUUCUUCCAGAAAACACAUCGUUUGCACUUUUAAUUUGCUUAUUUUAAUCUUUGUUUUGCUGGGGUUGGGGGGGGUUAUGUUAGUGUUUCCGUGAAGCCCCGACCAACGCAGGAAUGUUGGACAGCUGCGUGUCCAUGAUUUUGGGCUAUACAAAUAAAAUUGAAUUGAAUUGAAUUGAAUUGAAUUGAAUUGAAUUGACUACCCCUCUCCCCGCCGAGCCUGUAUUCGCCCCCGCGUGCACCAGCAUCACAAGCUCGGCUCUCGUCUGCGCAUACAUGUCUGCAAACACACGAGCGUAGGUCUGUGCACAGACACCCCGGCUCCAGCCACCCCUCCUCCCACCACAGUCAUGCUAACUGCUCAGACUGCAACAUCCCGGUGGGAGCAUGUGAUGGAAAUCCAGCCCCACAGCUCAGAAACACUUUGUUUUGUGCUUCAUAAAAGUCUCCUAUUGACAUUCUGUGAGGAGUAACAACACAAAAACAGUUCCCUUCUUUCAGUCCCUUUCCCUUUCAGCUCACAUGGGCUCAAAGCUGAUUCUUAGUCGACGAGAGAAGCCAGCAGGCUGCAGAAGAAUGGGUCAAGGUCUGGUUUCCAUUAAGCCCACAUGCUGCUGAUUUAGUAGUGGGGAGGAGGGAGAGGAGGGUUUGGGAAAAAUACAGCAAAAGUGGGGUUAUGGAGUUGGUGGUAAAUAAGAGGAAUUAGGGGAGGAGGAGGAGACAAGGAAAACGAGUGAAGGAAGGAAGCAGAAAGCAAGGAUGGAAGCUAUUCGAGAGCCAGGGCAAUGCUGGCGUUGCGCCUCAUGACCUAGAUCAUUGGGUCCACUUUCCUGUUUCAGCUCCUCUUUAACUCCUUCCUUCCUCUGCAGCUUUUUGUGCUGUUUUCCUCCUUCCUCGCUUUCUCCUUUCCGCUCUUUGCCGCAGCUUUUCUGAGAUAAUGAAUGCUCAUCUGCAGGAUGUGUCUGGCUUUUGUUUUAUUGUUUUCCCCCGUUGGGCAUUCCACUAUCUGUCAGUCAGUCUUUGCAAAACCAACAUGUUAUUAUUGUUACUCCAUCAUCUGAAUACUUAUCUUCAAACCGUAAGAAACUUUUGUUAAAUGUGUGUUUUAGACUUAAUGUGCAUAGUUUUGUACAUUUAUUCGGUUCGGGUGUUCCGUAAAAACAGCCGUAGAAGAAUAUAACAACCUUGAUGCAUGCAGGGCAUGUUCUGUAAAGCCUGUGCACUCUGGUGUAGAGUCCGUUAAAGAAUUCACAAUAAAAACAAUGAAAGGAC